UUUAAAAUUAUUAUUGAUAUUUGUUCAGUUGAACUUGUGAAUCGACAGGUCACCAGGACUGACGUUAUAUGACGUAGUUUACUACCAAUUUCUUCUUAAUUUACAAUUAACAAAAAGACACGGUAACGAAUUCUUUAUAUAUUUAGAGAUAUCCUACGUUUCUUCUUCCUCACAUACAUCGGGAUCUCAGAGGUUGGCGGAGUUCAUUUAAUUAGGAGAGCAUGGAUUGGGAUUGGAGUUCCAUAGCCUCUGUUUUCGCCACCCUCCUCUUCCUCAGGACGGCCUACCGCGAAUUCCUACCGCCGGAGUUCCACCGCUUCGUCAGUUUCCUCUUGCGCGGCAUCAUGGCCCGCUUCGACAACGACGACAGGAUCGUCAUCGAGGAGUACGAUGACAACACCUGCACCACCAACGAGCUCUACGGGGCCGCCCAGACCUACCUCGGCGACCGCUGCCUCGACGAUGCCUCCGUCGUGCGCCUCAACAAGCGCUGCGAUUCGCCCCUCCCCGCCGCCACCCUCCCCGACUAUCACACCACCUACGACUCUUUCCAGGGCAUCCCCCUCCAUUGGAACUCCGUCGUCUUCGCACAAGCCGAUGGCUCCGGCCCCUCAGGCCGGAGCUCCCGUCAUGUCGACAACCACUCGCUCGAGCUCACUUUCCACCAACGCCACCGCCACACCGUCCGCUCACUCUACAUCCCCCACGUCCUCAAGGAGGGGAAGCGCAUUGCGAUCGCCUCCCGCCAACGCCGCCUCUUCACCAACCGGGCUAACAUUAUUUAUGGCGACGACCACCGCAAUCUCUGGUCUCCGGUCCCCUUUUCCCACCCCUCCACCUUCGACACGCUCGCCAUCGACCCCGCCCUCCGCGACAACAUCAGGGGAGACCUCCUCCGCUUCGUAGACCGCCGCGACUACUACGCCCGCGUCGGCCGCCCCUGGAAGCGUGGCUACCUGCUCCACGGCCCGCCGGGAACGGGGAAGACCAGCCUCAUCGCCGCCAUCGCCAACCUGCUCGAGUUCGACGUGUACGACCUCGAGCUAACGGCCGUGCAUUCCAACACCGCCCUCCGUCGCCUCCUCGCCUCCACCACCCCCAAGUCGGUCGUCGUGAUCGAGGACGCCGACUGCUCGCUCGAUUUGACCGAUCGAAAGAAGAAGAAGAACCAACAGGACGAAAAAUAUGCCAAAGCAGGAGAGGCGGAGCAGGAACCGACGCCGGCGAGCGACGGUUUGGGGUUGUCGACAAUCAGCCUCUCUGGCUUGCUUAACUUCGUGGACGGGCUCUGGUCGUCGAGCGUGGGGGAGCGGCUGAUGAUCCUCACCACGAACAACCCGGAGCGGCUGGACCCUGCGAUGCUCCGGCCGGGGCGGAUGGACCGGAAGAUCCACCUCUCCUACUGCGGACCGGCGGCAUUCCGUGUGCUGGCGAGGAACUACCUGGAGGUGGGGCAGGAGCACCCGCGGAUGGCGGAGGCGGAGGAGCUGCUGAGAGAGGUGGAGAUGACGCCUGCCGAUGUCGCGGAGGUGUUCAUGAGGUGCGACGCGGAGGGAGAGGGCGCCGACGCCGCGAUGGGCAAGGCGGUGAUGGAGAUGCGGCGGCGCAAGCGAGAGGGCGGGGCCGCCUCAGCGGCGGUGUUACACGGAGAAUGCCUAGGUUGAUAAAUCAGCGUGUCAAACGAAAAUGAAAUGAAAUGAAAAUAUGUUUCCCCGAAUUAAUUACGUGAGAUAUCUUGUCGCAUUAAUAAAAAGAAAAUCAAGGGAAAAGC